GACGAACAAAUCGAUUGCAUUACAUUCUCCUGGGUGGCAAUUUGUCAUAGUAAUCGAACUAUCAACCCUCAUCAAUCAUGUCUAGUUCAAAAAAUUGUCACCAAUCCCCAUGGACUCAUUAAAUGACUAUGCCAAUAUAUAAAGGCCAUCCAUGCAACGUCUGCUUGCCCCAGAAUUUUCCCAAAGAUCCCUAUUUCUGCAUAUCUGCAAUCUCAUGACUAUCCCCCAAAAAGGAUGUGCACCCCAAAAUAAUUUUGCAAAAAGGAAAAACACAAGCAACAGUGCUGCAGUCUCUACAUCGUUCUUGAAAGCAGUCUCCAAAUUUCUACAACGCCCCAUCACAGAUCAGGGGGCCGGCAAGACAGCCGGACACAGAGCAACAAGCUUCUACUUUCAUAUAGUAGACUUUCCUGCAGCAAGGCUUGGUUCUGCACACAUAGCCAUGAGGCAUGGACUCAGCUGGUGCAUUCAGUGAAAGCUGAGUACCAACAGAUUGAUAUCAGCAACACUUUGCACUCUCGAAGCUAUCCAGCAAGCAUUUGCUCUACUUGCACAUCGGUCUGACACAUAAUCCAUUCAUGCUAACAGGCGUUUUCAGGUCACGGACACCCCCCAAAGAUUCCCAGUCCCAGUUUCCCAAUCACAAAAUAAAAUCAGUUCAGAAUCCCUCAUAGAGACAAUGGUUGCAAUAGUAGAUCAGAUCUGCUCGUUUGAAUUUUUUUUUGCUGUUGCUCGGCAACAUGCUUGCCAGAGCCAAGCAGCAAAGCACAAUUAAAUUUAGAAAAAUGACACGGAAUAAAAUUUGUCCCAUGCCUGCCAAGGGAAACACCUUAUGUUAUCUACACCCAAAAAUAUGAUAGGGCCCACAUUGAUCCAUUAGGGCAAUCAUGACUGAUCACUCAAGUCCACUCAGCAGCUGCUGACAUCAAUGUAUAAAUGUCAAUUGGUCCUUGUGCGACACUUGCCCCAAUGUUGAGGGAUUAGCCGCCAAUCUAGGCAAUUCUGCACUGCGCGCUGACAGUGCCACCAUUUAUUGACCCUUUGACACCUCACUGGGG